UGGACAUUUUGAACGAUAUUUCUAAGCAGUGGUCACAUGAGAUGGCUGCUUGAACCACGUUUCGAAACAUUUGUGCGUCGAAGCCUGUUACACCAGAGACAAAUAUAGGAGAGGGACUUUGGUUACACUGAUUCGAGCGUCACAUGCUACAACUUCAUCCGGUUCAUAAAGCUGUGCAAUCUUUAGUUGUUGAAGCGUUUGUUAGUUAGUUGCUUAAUCAAUGAUCUUUGUUAGUUGGUCUGUCGAUAUCAACCGCAUUGAUACGAAUGAGUCCUAUUUCCCACGAAAAUCCAGGCAGCCAAUGCAACUUUGGUACGACGUGGAAAAUGGGUAAGCGCCUAUCAGACAGAGCCACCUCGCUCAGUGCGUAAAACGUUAGAAACCUCAUGAUGAAAUGUGUUGAUAUCUUGACACCACUGCAACAGUAAGGCAUCAAGGCUAUAUAUUAAGACUGAGAAAAGAAGGGAACAUUGUCUGCGACAUCUCGAAGGAUCACUAUGGGUAGACAAGCAACCGUUCUACUAUUAUUUUUUCUGCAAAUCGCGACUAGUCAGCCUCAAACGAGGGGCGAUUGGGAUAUCCACAGUUUCCAUGUCAACACUACUGUGACCUGUCGCUAUGCCAUCACAGUCAUCACCAGCCAUGUGUUCAAUCGCAAUGACAACUCAACCGAGAUCGACUUCCAUGUCAAGAUCCCGAAAAGAGCCUUCAUCAGCAAAUUCAGAAUGACUAUUGAUGGGAGGAUUUAUGACGGAGUGGUCAAGCCAAAGGAAGAGGCCAGGCAGCAGUACAAUACGGCUGUAUCACGAGGCCAAAGUGGGGGACUGGUCAGCGCUGUAGGCAGGACUUUAGAGGACUUCAAAACAUCAGUGUCCGUCGCUGCUCACAGCAAGGUGACCUUUGAACUCACCUAUGAGGAACUGCUGCAGCGUCGUCUUGGCAACUAUGAGCUGCUGAUCAAUGCCCAACCUGGCCAACCUGUUAAAGACUUCAAGAUUGAUGUCAGUUUGUACGAGAAGCCUGGCAUAAACUUUCUACAGGUGGAGGGUUCUUUGGCUACAAAUGACCUGGGCAGUGCGAUCACAAAAUCACAUGUGGAUGAAAAGGCAUGGGUGAAGUUCUACCCCACACAAGACCAGCAGAUCACAUGUGACGGCUGUGGAGAGAAUGGACUUAGUGGUGAUCUUAAGAUUAUCUUUGAUGUUGAGAGGCCACAUUCUAAGGGAGAUAUAAGAGAGUAUGGUGGGUUUUUUGUACAUUAUUUCGCACCUACUGGUCUUCCACGCAUUCCCAAGAAUGUGGUCUUCGUUGUUGACCAAAGUGGAUCUAUGGCUGGCAAGAAAAUCGAGCAGACUCGAACAGCAUUACUGAAGAUUUUGGGAGAUCUUGCUGAAGACGACCAUUUUGGCCUGAUCUGCUUUGAUGAUAGAAUUUCACCAUGGAAACGUGAACUCGUCAGGGCAACCGAACAGAACCUAGAAAAGGCGAAAGAAUUUGUCAGAACAAUAACAGAACGAGGAGCUACAGAUAUAAAUGCUGCCGUGUUGGAAGGUGUGAAGAUGAUCAAAAAAUCUCACAAAGAAGAUGCAGCGUCCAUCCUCAUAUUGUUGACGGAUGGCGAUCCCACUUCAGGUGAAACAAGACCAGAAAGAAUCCAAUCCAACGUGAGAGAGGCCAUUGGGAAGAGGUUUCCUCUGUACUGCCUGGGUUUUGGGUUUGACGUGAACUUUGAGUUCCUGCAGAAGAUGGCCCAAGAGAACGAUGGAGUGGCACGUAGGAUCUACGAGGAGUCGGAUGCGGCUCUUCAGCUGAAGGGUUUCUAUGAGGAAGUCGCCGUCCCUCUGUUGACCAGCGUGCAGAUGAGUUACAGAGGUGCCGCAAACCUGACCCAAACCAGCUUCAGCUACUACUACAAUGGCUCUGAGAUUGUGGUGGCUGGACAGAUCACUGACAUCAAUGACUUCAGUACAGAGGUGAUCGGGAUAUCGACAGACAGCAAGGUGACAUACAGUGGCGUCGAGCCCAUUGACGAUGACAAACUGCCUGCAGAGAUGAGUGGCUUUGAGAACUUCCUCCAGAGAUUAUGGGCCUGCCUUAAAGUCAAACAGCUUCUGGAGAAGGAGUUGGUGCUGACCGGCGAGGAGAAGGAGGCGUUGAGGAAGGAGGCCCUCGAUCUCUCUCUCAAGUACAGUUUUGUGACCCCACUCACCUCGAUGGUGGUCACCAAACCUGAGGGCGAGGACUCCCAAGUGGCCAACAAACCCAAAGAGGGAGACAAGUCUGCUGAUGAUGCUGAAAGAGAGUAUAGAAAAAGCAUCACGUUUUUGUCCAAAACAAGCUUUACGAAAAAAGGCAAAGUUAUGAGAAUGCUUCAUGAAGGUAAAUAUGUUUUCCAUCUGUUAAAAUAUAUUCUGGGUUUAUGAUUAAAGUUUCACUGUCUUAUAUGACAUGCAGGACAAGUAUUUUGUUUAUAGCAGUUUUUGGUGUGCCGUGAUGUUGUGAUACCUAUUCAAGGUUCACGAUUAUGUUAGGAAGAAUUACAGAGGAAUUAUGGUUUUG